AUGAACGGCGAAGGAAAGGUGGUCUGCGUCACCGGAGGUUCCGGUUACAUAGCGUCUUGGAUUGUGAAGCUUCUGCUCCUCCGUGGCUACGCCGUCAAGGCCACCGUUCGAGACCCAAAUGAUCAAAAGAAAACAGAUCAUCUUCUUGCACUUGACGGCGCAAAAGAAAGACUCCAAUUAUUCAAAGCAAAUCUUUUAGAAGAAGGUUCUUUCGAGCAUGCAAUUGAUGGAUGUGAGGCUGUCUUCCACACUGCUUCACCGGUUAAACCCUUUGCCGCUGAUCCUCAGGCUGAGCUAAUCGAACUAGCUGUCAAGGGCACUAUGAAUGUCCUAGAAACAUGCACUAAAGUGCCUUCUGUCAAGAGAGUCAUCUUAACAUCGUCCAUAGCCACAGUGUUUUGUCCUAAGCCUCCCUUGGGACCAAACGACUUAAUAGACGAAACAGUCUUCUCUGAUCCAAGUGUUUGCGAGGAGAACAAGCAAUGGUAUUUACUCUCCAAGACUUUGGCGGAAGAUGCAGCAAGGCAGUUUGCCAAGGCCAACAAGAUCGACUUGGUCGUAAUCAAUCCAGGAUUCGUUGUCGGACCAAUCUUGCAGCCAGCUCUUAACUUCUCGGUAGAUGUAAUUGUAGAUUUCAUAAACGGUAAGAACACUUUUAACCAGAGAAAUCAUAGGUUCGUGGACGUGAGAGAUGUUGCUCUUGCUCAUGUCAAGACCCUCGAGACUCCUUCGGCCAGUGGCAGAUACAUCAUCGUUGGUCCGGCGACUGUGACAACAAAUGAGAUUGAAAAAGUUUUACGCGAAUUCUAUCCUGAUUUGCGCAUUGCUGAUGAGAGUGAAGAAGGCACGAGUCCAUUGAAUUACAAAGCGAGUGUUGCAGAGAAAGUGAAAAGUUUGGGAAUUGAGUUGACUCCUGCGGAAACAAGCCUUAGAGACACUGUUCUUAGUCUCAAAGAGAAAUGUCUCCUGUGA